CGUUGACAGUGAUAUGGUGACCUUUUUUUAGCAAACAAAUCGUCUAAUUAACUUAAAUUUUUGGGGCUUUUCCGAUUUUAAUGAUUCUAAUUGAAAAAUGGCAGUGAUGGAGGGUUCUUUAAGUAAGUGGACAAAUGUGAUGAAAGGGUGGCAAUACAGGUGGUUCGUGCUGGACGAUAAUUCAGGACUGUUGUCCUAUUACACGUCAAAAGAAAAAAUGAUGCGGGGCGUUCGCAGAGGGUGUGUACGACUAAAAGGGGCCGUUAUAGGAAUAGACGAUGAAGAUGAUAGUACUUUCACCAUCACAGUUGAUCACAAAACGUUUCAUUUUCAAGCCAGAGAUGCCGAAGAGAGACACAAAUGGGUGCAGGCUCUGGAGGAUACGAUUAUCAGGCAUGCCAGUCGAACCAAAUGGGACAACUACCACGUAUCUCCAACAAUUAAAGAUUUUGACGACAAAGUGUCCGAAGCAGAUGCGUACCUUCAACUGAUGAUUGAGCAAACUAAAAAUUUAGAAGAUAGAUUAGAAACUUUAACAGACGAAGAUGAAAAAGUUAAAUGUGAAACGAUAUUAGAACACGCAAAUGUGAUGCUUGAUAACAUCAAACACUCUAUAGUUUUACUUCAAAUUGCAAAGAAUACUGCACAUCCAAUAAAUGGAAUUUAUCAACAAAGACCUGGAACAUCGAAUAGUGUGUCAUCGAUACAUGAUGAUGUUGUUCCUGUGGAAGCCGUCAUCCAGCAAGGAAUCGAAUUGGGAUCGGAGUGCAUGGAAAAUGGCCGGAGGCUUAUUAGAACGAUACCUUCAGUUGCUGCCUUAGUAGUACCUGAAAUGUCGUAUUCAAGUUCGGAAGGAGAAGAUGACUUUUUUGACGCAAACGAUGUUCCAUUUGUUGGUGGAAGCCAAUUACCUUCGCCUAAUAGUCUAAGAUCCUUCGAUAAUGAAGGUCAAACUCAAAUUCCGUCGGCCCCCAAACCCAGUCUCCCAACAUCAGGUACGACCACUCGAGUAUCAUCCGUCCGGAAAGGCAGCGUUAAAUCCGUCAGAAGUGUGAACCAAGAAGAUUUGGAUUACGAUGCAUUGUACGAAGACGACGACGAGCCCGACGUGGAAAUGGAAAGUCACGGAUCGGUUAUCAGGCAUCUAUUGUCCCAGGUGAAAAUCGGGAUGGAUUUGACGAAAGUGGUGCUGCCUACUUUUAUAUUGGAACGGCGAUCCUUGUUGGAGAUGUAUGCGGAUUAUUUUGCCCAUCCUGAUUUGUUUUUAAGGAUAGCAGAUUUAAAAGAGCCCAGAGACCGAAUAGUACAAGUGGUCAAAUGGUAUUUAUCGGCGUACCAUGCAGGCCGUAAAAGUUCGGUGGCAAAAAAACCUUAUAAUCCGAUCCUGGGUGAGGUAUUCAGGUGCCACUGGGACUUGGAGGAUACGAAAAGUGAUUCGAUUGAAGAUAAAGUACUGGAAGGCCCGGUACCGUGGUGUAAAAUGGAUCAGUUGACGUUCGUCGCGGAACAAGUAUCGCAUCAUCCGCCAAUUUCAGCCUUUUAUGCCGAACAUGUGAAUAAGAGAAUAAGUUUUAACGCUCAUGUAUAUACAAAGUCGAAAUUCUUAGGAUUAUCUGUUUGUGUUUAUAAUAUUGGACAAGGAGUUGUUUCGGUUCUUGACUACAACGAAGAAUACAUAGUUACCUUCCCGAACGGCUACGGUAGAUCAAUUUUGACGACACCCUGGAUCGAAUUGGGCGGUAGCGUGAACAUUCAUUGCCCGCAAACGGGCUACCAUUGUGAUAUUGAAUUUAUAACGAAGCCAUUUUACGGCAACAAAAAACACCGAGUAACUGCCGAAGUGUACGGUCCGGAAGAGAAAAAAUCCUUUCUGAGUAUAUCGGGCGAGUGGAACGGUGUUAUGGAAGCUAAAUGGGCAGACGGAACUGAUCCGGAAUUAUUUAUUAAUGUAAAUGAAAUGGCUAUAACUAAGAAACAAGUUAGACCUAUUAGUUUGCAAGAGGAUAACGAAUCGAGGAAAUUGUGGAAAGAAGUAACGGCAGGUUUGAGGUUUAAUGAAAUUGAUAAGGCAACUAAUGCCAAGCAGGCUUUGGAACAAAAGCAAAGAGACGAAGCUAAAGAUAGGAAAGAGAGUGGAAAAGAAUGGCAAACAAAGCUUUUUAGAAAAGCAGGAGAAGACCAAUGGGUCUACGCAAAUCCUUUAAAAAUACGCCUGAAUGCAACGUGAAAAUUUUAAACAAUAUUUUUGAGCUUAAAAAUCUGAUCCCUGCAAAGGAGUUAAAUUUUCAUGAUCAACUACUGAACCUGUGAUAUUAGUCAUGAAAAUUUGAUCUACAUUAUUAUUCCAAUUAUGUAUUUUUAAGAAUUUAUUUUUGUUUGCAUUAAUUAUCUAGCUUUAUCCCUUCUUAGAGAGAAGUACAAUAAUUAAUUGUUUAUAUCUGAAACACUAAUAAUAAUAAUUAAAAUAACGGUUUGGAAGUAUGUUAUGUUAUAAAAAAUCCACUUAAAAUUAAUGAGUUCGAGGUAAAAUGAAACCAUCCACUUUACUAAUAUCCUUAGUGAUUUUUCAACGAUAGAUUAGCUAAUUUUACAAAACAUUUUUAUCCAAAUAUUUUGAAGGUGAAUUGGUAUUUUAAAUAGUUAAAAACAAAAUAUUUGCGGAAAAAUAAUUUGGUGAAGAAAUUUUGUAUCUAACAAAAAUCAAUUAUUAAUGACAACGCCUAACAGCAAGUCUUAAGUCCAUUAAUAAAAGGUAAUUUUUUGACUAUAUUGAUUAGCCUUAAAAUAAUGGUUUGAAUUUUACUUGUCCUAACAAUAAUAAUUAUUGAUAUUUAUAGUUUUAUUUAUACAUAUUUGUAUAUAAUUUUGAGGUAAAAAGGAGGUGUAUGUCUUUAUUAUUGGGCUGCCGAACAGCAUUUAUAUUUAUGUACAUAUAAUAUUGUAUAUUUCUCUUUAGUUGUUUUAAUUUUAUUGUAAAUUUGAAAUUAUAGGUUUAGGGUUCAUUUACUUGUGUAAAAAAAACUUGCCUAAAAAAAAAGAGCUAUAAUUCAAUCAGAAAUAUUGUAAUGUGAUUUAACUUCCAAGUGAAAAAUUCCUUGAAAUAAAUUGUAUAAACACAUCAAUUUUUGUCUGCGUUUUAUGAUUCUUGUAGAAAUUUGAUUUUAUUGUUUCUUUUUUCACCUUGGUAGAAGUUCAAUUUCUAAUAUUUAGUGUGAACCAAGUUUCAAGUUACAAAGUAGCACUUCCUGUAACUUGUUUAUGUAGGAUCAAAAAUAAAAAAGUUACAGGGGGUGGUACUUUAUAACUUGACACUCUGCACAUAAGAUUUGUGUUCUCACAGAAAUCACAAACCAGUCAGAGCAUUUUUGAUUGGUAUUAAUCACCAAUAACCAGUUUUUUGUCUGUUUUCAACCAAUGAAAUUCGUCUGACUGGUUUGUGAUUUCUGUGAAAACUCUCACAUAAAGUAUGCAAUAAAUUCAAUAUUAUAAAAUAAAUGGAUGCUCGGGAACGUCGAUUUUGUUUUUUUGCUUUAUUGACUUUUUUGCAAUUUUGAGGCUGUAAAACCAAAACCCUCAGUAAAACCUUAACGGUUGAUUUUA